AUACGGCAGAUGCCUCGAGUCUCAAUAUCGCAAGAAGGUUAUAUACUAGGCGCACUUCCUGAAAGGUAAAGUACAGUCCGAAAUCGCGGCGCCACCAGUGUACUCAAUGAAAACAUCAACAAAUAGACGUCUAUUGUAAAGUGCACCGGGGUGAUAUUGAUAAGCGGCAAUUUCAGAGGGCAAACAGCUUUCUCUCUCGCACUUGUCUCUGUACUCUGUGUGCGGUGCAGUGUGUUUUUCUUACGCGAGUUUUUCUCUGCCGUUAUAGGUUAGGAAAGCCAGUUCGGCAGUUGAGACUCUCUUGAUCGGCCGAUAUCGUGAUGACAUGCGACAGUACUGAGAAUCCCCCGUGAAAAAGUGCUCUUCGUGGUCAAGGACAGCUUUCCGACGUUCGGCAGAGAGAGAGAGAGAGAGAGUCGUCCAUGCGACAAAACGAACACAAAGUGUCAAGGGCGCUCGCAUAAUUGGCUACAAAUCUCCAUCGAUGAGCGCUUAUUUCAACGACGUUGUCAGAAAAUCGGACUCGUUCGACUGCCCCAGCUAGGAGCUGGCUUUUUCGGAAACACCCACGCUAACUCUACGGCGGAGAAAAAUACCGGGAUUAUGGCGAGCCUCGAAACAGGUGCAGCUCAUCAAUCUGGUGAAAACACCAGCUGGAGGAAAGAUCUUAUUUCUCAACUGCGGGACAGAAAUAGAACGCAAACACAAUGUUUCUACGAUCUCAUUAGUUUGCAUAAUCGCCUGUUCGACAACGCCAAUACAUUGAGGGGAGAAAAUUUACAGCUCUCGAUAGCCAAUGAGAGGCUGCGAUGCGAGGUAUCGAGUGGCACUCCAGGUUCGGGUGCCAAUGCUGCCCUCGAAGCCAAAUUAUUGGCACAGGCUGAUGAGCUUACUAUGCUGCAUAGGCGAAGGGGAGAACAUACCCAACAAAUUGUAGACCUGAACAACAAAUUGCAAGAAGUAAUAAAAGAGCUUCAAGCUAAAGAAGCAAGCCUGGCUGAAAAUUUGGAGGUUAAUAUCGGCUUGCGCUCUGAAAUCUCUCGAUAUGUCACAAAGGAGAGAGAGUUGGAGAAUAUCAAUCAAAUGUUAAAAGACGAACAUCAGGCCUUACAAUUAGCUUUUGCCUCACUCGAGGAUAAAUUGAGAAAAGCACAAGAAGAGAAUCGACAAUUGGUAGACCGUUUAAUCAAGUACAAAGCUAAAGAUGCAGAGAAAAUGAACGAAGAAAAUGAUAACUUUUUAAAUGAGAGUUUUACCAGCCCGACAGCCUUUUUGAUGCAUACCAUUUCAAAGUUUGGGAAAAGACAAGCCAAAAUGCAAAAAGAAUUAGAAGAUGCGGCCAAAGAUACUAGGCCAGCCAGUCCAGAUCGUGUCAGUUUAAAGGAAGGGCUACUUGGUCUUCCCACGUCGGUGCCGACUAAAGUCUCCAUCAAAUUUAACGCGCACGAGGGUGAGGUGAACGCCGUCCGAUGGUCGCCGACCGACAGAAUACUCGCCACAGGCGGCGCGGACAGAAGAGUCAAGUUGUGGGACAUAACCAAAGGAGGAUACGAGUGCAAGGGAAUACUGGUGGGCAGCAACGCCGGAGUUAUGUCGGUGGACUUUGACUCGUCGGGCCAGCACAUUCUCGGAGCUUCCAACGAUUUCGCCAGCCGCGUCUGGACCGUCGGGGAUCUUCGAUUAAGGCACACUCUCACGGGCCAUUGCGCAAAAGUGAUGGCAGCCAAGUUUCUCGGAGAACCGUCCAAGGUGGUCACCGGCAGUCACGAUCGCACUCUCAAGAUCUGGGACCUCCGCAGCCGAGCCUGUGUCGAGACCAAGUUCACCGGCUCGAGCUGCAACGACCUCGUCACGUCCGACGGCUCGGGAUCGACGAUAAUAAGUGGCCACUUCGACAAGACCAUCAGAUUUUGGGAUACCAGAACCGAGUCCGGCUCCAACGACAUCGUGCUCCAGGGCAAGAUCACCUCGCUCGACUUGUCUCGAGAUGCUAAUUACCUCCUGAGCUGCGUGAGAGACGACACGCUCAAACUCCUCGACUUGAGGAUGAAGAUGAUCGUGGCAUCCUUCAGCGCCGACGGUUUCAAAGUCGGCUGCGAUUGGACGCGGGCAACUUUCAGCCCCGACGGACAGUACGCCGCUGUCGGCUCGUCGGACGGUUCGAUUUUCAUUUGGUCCGUUACGACCAACAAAAUCGAAACGGUUCUGAAGGAUCACACGGACGCGGUGACAGCAGUCUCCUGGUUUCCGCACGGCACUUAUCUCGCCUCAGUGGACAAGGCCAAGUGGGCGACGAUUUGGGGCGAUCACGUCUGACAGGAGGAACAGACCUGAAACGGAUGAGGCUCGCAACAAGCAACUAGCAACUAGCACCAACGUUUCAGGCAUCGACGAUCAACGCGAGCAACAUCAUCAGCUCUAAGGAUCAUGAGAGACAGCGCGCGCAAGUCGCCUGCGUAUGUAGAGCGCAGCUGAGCUGCGCGCGAACCGCCGGCCGAUUAGCGACGUUUAAUAAGUCUCGAAUGUCGUAAUUCAGGUUUUUCCGUGAAACCAUAUGCGCGCUCGACUUUUUCUAUAUACACUGCCGGCGGUGCGCUACUUGUGUUGAUUUUCUCCUCCUUCUCGAUUCGCAGCUUGUUCGCGAACGGUCGCGAAAGACGUGCGUGCGAAAGGCGCAAGGCAGACGAGUUAUGUCCUCUGGCUUAUUGACCGAGCUCGCGUACUCUCUGCACCGUGACGGAUAAGAAUAUCAUGUACUGUUAAAAGAGCAAAAAUUCAAACCUGCCCGCGACUGCUGUACAAGCGCGCGCGCUCCAAAGUGCCAAUUGAGAAUCUUCAAGCUCUCUUCUUCGCACCGUAACAAGGGCACUGGGCAAAUUCUUCAUCUUCUUUUUUUUUUAUUACUUUUAUUACUUUGUAUACUUUUUAUUAAGAAACGACGAGUUUACCGCUACAAUACUCGUUGAACGACACCUUCGUCCGCGCAGCACAAACCGACUAUUAUUAUUGGUAUAUUUACAGUUUACAAUGCGCUGGGAUUAUUCGCGUUGAAUUAUCGAUUCAUCGGGGGUAGUUGGUUUAUUAUUGCUUACAGCUUCGAACUUAUUCGAUGCGCUCUCGCGCGCGCGCGUGUGUGUGUGUGUGUGUGUGUGUAUGAAAUAUCCAUUACGGACACGUGAACAUUUUCUAAUACACCGUUUACCGAUGACAAGAUUAAAAGUUGUCGGAACUAUGCCGUCUAUGAAAAAUAGGAAUUUACGAAAGGAUGAUGAGAAGUGAAUUUCGUUUAGCGCUCAUUAGGCCCUAAUUGAUGGGAACGGUGCUAUAAUACACACACGAUUAUUUUCCCUAGUUAUAACGAAGCUUUGGCGCGCGCAAAAGUUACUGACGAAAAUAUAGCUUAUAUCAUAUAUAUAUAGGUAAGUGUUGAAGCCUACAUUUUUUUAUAAAAUAACAAGCACAAUAAAUAUAACAGAGCUGAUCGAUAAUUGCGAACGUGACGUAUAUGAAUAUAGAUAUAUCUGCAAAUAUAUAUACACAUAUGAAUAACUAACAUUACGUCACUUUAUAUUGGCCGCAGGCGUGCGCUCGUAAACGUUUGGUUCGCGACCUACAUAACGAUGACGCGUCAAUCAAUUAAAGCGAAAAAGUUGGUCGUUUUUAGCGCGAGAUGAAUCUAGCUAUACAUAGCAUAAAGUCAACGUUUUCUUUUUCAAAUAAUGUGUAAUGGAAAGUCGAUUGUGAUGAACUACCACGUAGCUCGAUAUUUUUGUAACGAAACCACGGGACAUAGCCUAGCUAUAUUAUAUUAUGUAAUAAAGUGAAAAAAUAACUGGGACUGGUGACUGACUCAAGCAGUUUGAAGUAUAAAAAUAGUAUAUGAUACAUAAAUAAUAUUCAGUGAUGAUAAUGAUAAUAACGAUGAAUAAUAUAACGUUAUAGUUAAUUAGGCGCAUAAAUUGUCCGUAGCCUCACUGCUAUUUUUCUCCUCGCGGAAUCAUAACGGUUUGUACGAUUUUUACCCAUCACAACAGUCGUCGUCAUGCGUGAAUCACCUUUUUUAUUGGCCGCAGAUAGAUGCAAAACUGAGAUUACGCAACCAAUCGCGUAAUCAAAAUGUCAUCGACGCGUGCAUACCGCUGUAAAUGUUGAACAUUUUCACGGUUUGUUCAUCAAUUAUACUACCCUCUAAGUUUACUCGAGUAAAUAAUUUCGUAGUAUUAAGCUAAACCGAUUAAAGAAACUGAUUCUCACGUUGAUUUGCUUGACAUAUUUAUACGUAUACGUAAAAUAAAAAUGGCUGCAAAGUGUCGUGCGAAUCAAAGCGCGCAACGAGUGAUCACGUAUCGAUGAUCGAGCAUACUCCAUACAUACGCGUGUUCUUUUUUACUGCAUCGAACGAGUGUUUUAACGGUUAGCCAAUUUGUUUUGCCGAGUGUAUAUUUAUAUGGACUACUAUACGCAGUUCAAUCAAUGUACAAAACAAAAACAAAUAUUUUGUCACAAUUUCGUAAAAUAUUUCUACAAAGCUCACGUCAAUCAAUAAUCUUGUAAUCUACUGCUAUAGCUAUAUGUAUAAGGAAACUUUAUAAAAGGUAAUUCUUUAUAUAUUCGCUUCGUUAUAUUGACUGGCGAGAGGGGCUGAGGCGUCGCAGAUAUUGUGUAUUAUGUGUGCAGGGAGGGGGGAGGGGCGAUCCGGCCUCCCGUGACGACAAAAUUAAUGCUCGCCGUUUAAUGUACACCUAAUAUAGAUCCGUCAAAUAUUCAAUAUAUACAUGUAUGCGCAGCCGAGGAUGAAACAUUAUUUUGUCGAAGACAGGGGAGGGCUCCCCUUUAUCAUGCCGCGCAUAUACACCGGCGAAGCACAGCCGUAGGCCCCCCUCAACGAACAAAAGCAUCGUGCGUAACCUGAUUUUUUCUCCGCCGCGUGUCGCGCGUUUCAUGUGGCAAAUAUAAUGUAAAGUUGUACACAAAAAGUUCGCAUCUUGUAAAUAUUCUAUACAUAUAUAUUAAAUGGAUUUUAUUGUAUUUUCUACAAAAGAG